UCCAUUAGGCUUUGACAGUGCGACACAGAGAGAUGUUUAACUACGACUGCAGCAACACGUAUGUGAACCCAGAUUCGUACAGUCUAGUUACAUCACCUCUAAACCAGGCAAUGAUUAAACUGAGUCUGCUUUUGUUGACUUCUGCCUGAAGAAGGACUUUGUUCUGACCUCUUUGGUAAUGUGGUGUAACUCUAGUCAGGCUGGGUUACCCAAUUUCUGUCCCUCAGAGAAGAAACCAUGUUUUUCGUCGUCGCUGUGUGGGUCAGUUUGUUUGUCAUUGGUCAAACAGAGCCUAGCAAUGUGGACUCCUCGUACGUUGCUGCAGUGUACGAACACCGCUUAAUCCUGAACCCGGAGCCUCAUGUGCCCAUAUCCCGCCCCGCUGCCCUCCAGCACAUGCAGAAAAACCUGGAUAUCUACCAGGAGCAGGCUGCCCUGGCUGCCCAGCAGGGUGCACAGAUCCUGGUGUUUCCAGAGGAUGGUCUUCAGGGUUUCAACUUCAGCCGUACAUCCAUCUAUAGUUACCUAGAGACCAUUCCUGACCCCCAGCAGGAGAGCUGGAACCCCUGCACAGAGCCGGGCAGAUACAACAACACUGAAGUUCUCCAGCGGUUGAGCUGCAUGGCUCGUCGUUACAGCCUCUACUUGGUGGCCAAUAUGGCCGACCUGCAGCCCUGCACCCUGAAGACGGACCCCUCCUCCUCCUCCUGUCCCCCUGAUGGACGCUGGCAGUUCAACACCAACGUGGUUUUCAGCUCAGAUGGCCUGUUGGUAGCACGCUACCAUAAACAGAACCUCUACUUCGAGGACGCCUUUGACAUGCCGCCACAACCAGAGAUCAUCACAUUUGAUACACCUUUCGCUGGGAAGUUUGGCCUUAUCACCUGCUUCGACAUCCUGUUCCACAUGCCUACUGUUACCCUGGUGGAGAAGGGUGUGCGUCAGGUGAUCUUCCCCACAGCCUGGAUGAACCAGCUCCCUCUGCUGGACACAAUCCAGUUCCAGCAGGCGUUCAGCCUGGGUGCCAACGUCACCCUUCUUGCAGCUAACAUUCGUGAUGACCGACUGAUCAUGACAGGAAGCGGCAUCUACACCCCUUUUUCUGCCGUCUACCACCACGCCCAGAGAGGAGACCCAGAGGAAGGCAGGCUGCUAGUAGCCAGGGUGCCAGUUUUAGACCCAGUGCCGGUGAGGCAGAGCGUGGCCACAGAGGAAGUGGAUGUUCGGAGUGAGUCCACAUCAUCUAUAGCUACAGACUCAAGGUUCUGCCACAAAGACAGCUGUUUUGAUUCUCCUCCUCCAGUCGCUCCCUCCUCCACCUUCACCUCAUCCAUGAUGUACGACCCUUUUAAAUUUAUCCUCCUUAACGACACAGAAGGAGAACUGAAUGUGUGUGAUGGCACUUUCUGCUGUCACUUGCAGUACCAGCGCUUAAAGAGCAGUGAAGAGCUCUACGCAUUUGGAGCAUUUGCUGGAACACACAUUGUCAACGGACGUUACGCUCUGCAGGUGUGUGCAGUAAUCCGCUGUGCAGGGUUGGACACCAGUUCCUGUGGACAGGAAGUGGAAGAUGCAGAGACCAAAAUGGAUUUCCUCUUAGAGGGGAAGUUUGGGACCAAAUAUGUGUACCCGUCAGUUCUGGCUAGCCGUCUGGUCCUGGAGCAGCCACAACAUCUGGAGAAAACUGCAGAUGGCAGGGUGACUAUGAAACAUUCAAACAUGACAGGUGGCCUGGUCACUGCCUGUCUGUAUGGCCGCAUGUAUCAGCUGGACAAUGAAUGAACUGAGAUACAUCUGAUUAUUAAAAAAAAGAAAUUGUCUGACCAAAGUUGCACACAUUUGUAUUCUGUCACAUUAUUUGAAACCUCAAAAAAAAAAAUAAAAACAAAUAUCUUUAUUCA